AUGUCAAAUCCAAAAUUUCCAUCAAAUUGUCCAAUGCAUAAUGAAAAACCAGAUGGCACAACAAAAAAUGAUAAUAAAUCAUCAUGUCCAAUAACGCAUUCAGGCGACGCACUCUCGCCUGAAAAUCAAAUACCAACAAACCUUGGUCAUUUACCGGCGCCAGGUCAGCAAAUACCAUUACCGACUCAUCGUCUCACAUCUUCAAUCCCAAAAGCUUAUAGUGCAGAAUAUUGGGAAUACCCAUCACCACAACAAUUUUAUAACGCUUUAGUAAGAAAAGGAUGGGAGACUCCGGAGGAUAGUGUUGAGACAAUGGUUGAUAUACAUAAUUUUUUGAAUGAAGCUGCUUGGAACGAAAUACUUAAAUGGGAAAGUACGAAAAAAUGUAAAUGUGGUGAUCCAAAAUUGUUAAGAUUUCGUGGUAGACCACACGAAUUAAGUCCCAAAGCUAGAAUGUUACAAUGGGCAGGGAAGAUAUUUUCAUUCAUGGGAACGCCACCGCCAUUUGAUCGUCAUGAUUGGACUAUUGAUAGAUGCGGUAAGGAAGUGCGGUAUGUGAUUGAUUAUUACUCUGGACCUGAUGAAGGAGAUACUCCUAUAUUCUAUUUGGAUGUUAGACCAGCUUUAGAUUCAAUAGAAAACAACAAAGAAAAACAAAAACUUAAUAAUCUAAGAAAAACCUUUCAGCCUUUAAAUAAACUACGCAAAAGAGAACUCAGAAAAUUCAUCCAAAACACUAACACCUAUCAGUAUAACAAUAAUAGCAGUGUCAACAAUAAAUCGGCAAGUAUAUCUACUUCACCAUCUCACUUCACUCAACCAAUUACAUAUUAUGGUAAAUCGAUAAAGUCCAGAAUACCAACAACUGACCUAGCAAGUUUAAAAAAAGAAUUACAAUCAAUCAAUUCCUCAUCCUUAAUAAAAAGAAGAAAUUUUGGUACUUUAUUUAAUGAGGUGGAGGGAGAUCGUGAAGAGAUUGAGUUGAGUAUGAAAGAGAUACGAGAAGGUUUUUCCAAGCGCGAUGAAUCGAUAAUGGACAUGGAACCAAGAAGAUCUAUUAAUUUAAAACCUUUGAAAAGCGGUUCCUCUGGUUCUAAUACAUCUAGAGUAUCAAGUUCUCAUACACAAAGAUCAAAUAGCCCUACUAAAUUGUAA